CCUUGCCAAAGAUCUUUCUUUUCAAGUAAAUCAGCAAACAACCGAUACAAUGGCACGAAGAUACGAUUCACGCACAACAGUAUUCUCACCAGAGGGUCGCCUCUACCAAGUUGAAUAUGCCAUGGAAUCUAUCUCCCUCGCGGGAAUAGCACUUGGAAUUAUGGCUAAGGACGGCAUUGUCAUCGCUGCCGAGAAAAAGGUGACCAGCAAGUUGUUGGAGCAAUCUUCAUCGUCGGAGAAGAUUUACAAAUUAAGCGACAACAUUAUCUGUGGUGUUGCUGGUAUGACUGCAGAUGCAAAUAGUUUGAUAUACAGAUCGAGAUUGGCAGCACAGCAAUAUCUAUUUGCAUAUGGAGAGGAAAUUCCUGUCGAGCAACUGGUUCAAAACUUGUGCGAUUUUAAGCAAAGAUUUACUCAACGAGGUGGUUUGCGUCCAUUUGGUGUUUCAUUCAUCUUUGCCGGAUUUGACGAUCAUCACGGUCUCCAGCUCUAUCACUCUGACCCCUCUGGCAACUACGGUGGCUGGAAAGCAACAUGCAUAGGAGCCAACAACUCGAGCGCACAAAGUAUAUUGAAACAGGAUUACAAGGAGGACAUGACUUUGGAAGAAGCAAAGGCGCUUGCGAUAAAGGUUUUGAGCAAAACCAUAGAUAGCACGACAUUGACGAGUGAAAAGGGUAAGUGGAUCGCUUUAUACACGAUGGUCGAGCGAGCGACUAUGACAAGGUAUUCAUGUUUUUGUCUUUUUUCAGUGGAAUUUGCUACCCUUAAAGUCGUGGACAACGCUGUCAAGUAUAACCUGUAUAAACCUGCCGAAAUUGACUCAUUGCUUAAGCAGUUAGAUGUUGGUGCAUCAACCGAAGAGCAAUCUUAAGGCGCGUGUCUUUCAAUUUUAAAUAAAAAAGAAUCACUAUGGAAUUUUGUCACUUGUA